GUUUGUGCGUUGCGCGUGCUUACGACUUGCAAGACCACUUCCAUGCUCAUCGUUCAAAGAAGCUUCCAUGUUCUGAAGCUUAGCUGAGGACGAUCUAUUUGUUCUUGUGAAUACAUUGUGGACCAGGUGCAUUAAUUCGCGACGUUUAAGGUUUCUACAUAUCUCUAUCGUACAAGAAGAAUAUCGAGUUAUCGUGUGCAAGGACUGAACACACCAGGGAGCGAUUGAAAAGCACGUCCCAAGACCCCUCCAACUAAAAUCACUCGCCUAACCUUUCCCCUGCCCACCUUAUCCUGCCUCUUAUCCUUCCCCUCUCCCCGUAAGUCUCAAGAAGAGCUUUCGUUCGGAUCACAGGACCUGUGACUUCAUUAUGGACAGUAUGGAUUCGAAACCAGUUUUGAACGAUGACCCCUCGGUCACUCUGACCAUCCGCCUGAUUAUGCAGGGCAAGGAGGUUGGAAGCAUCAUUGGGAAGAAAGGAGAAAUCGUCAAGAGGUUCCGCGAAGAGUCCGGCGCGAAGAUCAACAUCUCCGACGGUUCAUGCCCGGAGCGAAUAGUGACAGUGACCGGACCGACGAACUCAAUCUUCAAAGCGUUCACGCUGAUCUGCAAAAAAUUCGAGGAAUGGUGUUCCCAGUUCCAUGACAUCCAGGGAAGCGGCGGUGUACCCAGGCCACCCAUCACUCUCAGGUUGAUCGUCCCAGCAUCGCAGUGCGGCUCUCUGAUCGGCAAAGGUGGCUCGAAGAUCAAGGAGAUCCGCGAGGUGACCGGUGCCUCGAUCCAGGUCGCCUCUGACAUGCUGCCUAAUUCGACAGAACGCGCAGUCACCAUAUCCGGUACCAGCGAGGCCAUUACACAAUGCAUAUAUCACAUCUGUUGUGUUAUGCUAGAGUCCCCUCCUAAAGGCGCCACGAUCCCUUAUCGCCCCAAACCCCAAGUUGGUGGGCCAGUGAUCCUGGCUGGUGGGCAAGCCUACACCAUCCAGGGUAAUUACGCGGUGCCCGCCCACUCGGACGUAAGUACAGUAUUGCCAUUGCCCGCGCCCGCUGCCGGGCCCACCCCGCCCUCGCUGAACACCCAAACUUUGACGACUUCGCCCUUCGCGGCCCACCCUUCCUCCUCGGCCUUCGCCGCUUCUCACGGGCAUCCGCUCCUAUCCACGGCCCACCUUACAACCCCACAUCAUCCCCUCCACCCGAGCCCCUUACACGCCAGCGUGGCAGGCCUCGCCGACCCCCUGCUGAAGAGUGGACACUUGCAGGCAGCCCUCCCGCCCGCACACCUCGUGGCAGACGCCAUGGGCAAGCUUGGUAGCAAUCCAUUGGCCGGACUCGCGGCUCUUGGCCUCGGAGGCCUUGCCACACCUGCCAACACAGGUGGAUUGAAUCCAGCAGCAUUAGCGGCACUGGCUGGUAGUCAGCUACGUACCAGCAACACGAACAGGCAACAGCCAGCGGGGAACAAUCAGACGCACGAGAUGACCGUGCCAAACGAGCUGAUCGGUUGUAUCAUCGGCAAGGGUGGUACCAAGAUCGCUGAGAUCCGUCAGAUCUCCGGCGCUAUGAUCAGAAUCAGCAACUGCGAGGAGAGGGAGGGUGGCGCCACGGAUCGUACGAUCACCAUCACCGGAAAUCCGGACGCUGUGGCACUGGCACAGUAUCUCAUCAGCAUGAGGAUAUCACAGGAAACGACGGGACUGUCGAUACCCGCGUACCACUUCAUCCCGCCGGACCACAUCGUUAAGUCGCCGAUCCACUAAAAGUGGUGAGACACAUACGUAUGUCGUUGUCGUCGUCGAAAGGACGCGGGGCGUCACGACGCACGCGAAGCUGUCAAUGGCAUCUGGGGCUGGGCCACGCACUGUGUUCAACCAGCUUGCUAAUCGACACACAUUUUUAACACUCGUAUUACACCUACGCAUACAUGAUACAUAUACACGAUUAUAAAGCACACGCUUGGUUGAAAGAGGAACAAGAGCACACACGAUACUACACAAAUACACACACAGACACACGGUGAACAAAUGGUGAACAACAAAAAUGGAGCACAUCGUCAGAAUAGGAAAAAUAAAAGGGGAGACUUGCAUACACGUACACGCAUACACAUAUAAAUAUUUAUAUAAACGUAUACAUAUAGGUAUACGUUAUAAAAGCGAUAAAAAGCAGAGAGUGGUAGGCGUGGGAUACACGUCACGAGAGAUUAGAUACACGUUGUAUGCAUAAACGCGUAUACACACAGAGGUAUAGAGACAUAUAUAUAUACACACACACACACACAUAUACACACGUCGUACAUGCAUACGUGAGAAUAUUGUGCGCGCGCUCUCGACAAGAGAAUCACAGAGGUGUACAUAAGUGGCGAGAACGCAGAGAGAAAAGGGAUUAAAUCGAGCACGCGCUUAAUAAUAAUGGUAUAUAAAAAGAACAAAAAAAAAAAAAAAUGAAGAAAAAAAAAUAAGAAGUAUAAUACAUGCAAGUAGAGACGAUGAAGGCACGCACGCGCGUACACGGUUAUAUGAUAUAUAUAAAUAUAUAUAUAUAUACUCGAGUGUACAAAACUGUACAAAAAGAUAUUUAAACGAACAAAUGAAACAAAACAAGCAUACAAACAAAGUGAAAAAAAAAAGAAACAAAUAAUAACGAUGCACGCCGCAGCCCGUCACACACACACGGUGGCUGCUGCCGAUUGGUAAAGGGAACAAGCCAAAGAUAUGUUAGUUUUCAUUUUUAUAUUUAAAAAAACGAGAGAAAAAAAAACAAAACGAGAAUAGACGAGAGAGGCGGGAGAGAAAUACUACGGCGGCCGAAAAUCUCGGAUCAUCGGCAUCUCGAUGAUUGGAUCUUUGUUUCCGUGGGUGUCAGUUGUAUAGUAAAGAUAUUGCUACCUUCGAUCGGAGAAGGUAGAAACGUGCAAUUUUAUAUUGAAACAGCACCAACUUAAUUUCUGUUCGAAGUUGCGUCGAUGUUACGUUCAAUUCUACAAAUUUGUACAACAACUGUACGAACGAUGUUACGUUGUGCUUCCAACUAAUUUUACUAAAAUUCGUAAUUGAACCCAGAAUGCAUUUAAUCAUUAAAACGAUACUCGAUAAUAUAAAUUAUCUUCCAGCUAUUGUUUCAGUUCUUCCAUCGUUUGUAAUUCUUAGAAGAUUGUUAAAUACGAUUUAACAACGUAGUUAAAAUACAAAAUUUCAGCAUUCUAGGCGAAAUUAGAACGUAGAAGCUAGAAAGUAUCCUAGGCAAUUUCGAACAAAAAUUAGGUCUCGUUGGUAUCGUGCGAUAUAACGUUGCACAAUUCGUAGCACCAAUUGUGGAAGCAAAGGUCCGAUAGCAGAAGGGGUAGUCUAAUAUUUUCGGUCAGCAUAGUACGAGAGAAUUAUUAUUAUAAUUAUUAUUAAUCAUGAAUGUGUGAAGCAAAGACGCUGAAUAACUAUAUAAUAUUAUUAGGCCGGUUGUUAGCGUUUUUUCUAUAUUGCUGGCUAUUCUAAGGAAUGGAGACUGAUGGGUUUCUUUUCACCCAUUUAGCUAAUUUAAAACGUGAAAUCAUCCCCGAACGGGAUCACCAACUCUCUUUCGACAAUUUCUUCGAGAUCUCAUUUCUAGAGAUUUAUUAUUUUCAAAUUAAUCUUGUUUAAGAUUAGAACCAUUGAAAUCUCUAGUACGAAGAUAUCCAACAGGAAUAUUCCUCUUAGAUUCUCAAUCUAACAAAGCCUUCUUUGUCACUGAUGUCUUCAUUUUUUUCCGACGAACAAAUCUCUCGCUAAAUCUUUUUGUUUUAUAAGUGUCGAUUAAUCAAUAGAUUUCGUUAAAGACAUAUUGGUUUCGAGCGAAUAUUCCGAGUAUUCGUGGAGAGUAAGAAAAUAAUUGUUUAACAAUUAUAUUUCCCAACUACAGAUACCAGACAAAGGAAAUAACUUUCAGAUUUUAUCAAUCUCCUUUUAAUAAUUCAACUUUUUAUAAAUUGCAAUUUAUUUUCCCUCUUAAGGUAUAGGUAACUCGACGUUUCUUUUCUUUUCUUUUCUCUUUUUCUUUUUUUCCCUGAUCCUUCUUGGCUGGCGAAUUUUAUUUGUAAAGACGUAGUGGAGAAGAUCGCCCUCCAGUAGAAUCGAACGAUCGUAAUUAGACAGAGGAACUGCAAUAGAAUCGGACGAUCGUAAUCGAACAAAGAAGCUACCACUCGGGAUUUCUGCAAAGCUUUGAAUUUAUCAUCGCACGAUUCUCGAUUGUUACUUUCUAUGGCAAUGGAUUCUGUUGGUUUUCUCUGUCGAUACAGGCGAAUCAAGAAGGAUCUUCGACUUGAUAAUUGAUUAAUUUCUCAGUAGAUUCUCUUUUCCCCUUUCAAUGAGGUCAACCAUUCUUCAGGAGAUUAGGUUCAUCGAUAUAUCAGAGUUCUUCGCCCCCUUCAGGUCUUAAUGAAAAUUUAAGAGAAAAGAAAGAGAUAUAAAAUCGUUAUUGAAGAGCAAUUUCGUUACGUUCGGUUUAAGUAAAUAAUAUUAAUUUGUCAAGUGGAGCUCUGAUCGGUGUAGAAGCGAGACUCCGAAAAUUACUCGGUUUUUAAUUGUUAUCGUUGUUAUACGUUACGAUGUAACUUUUAUUUCGCCGUCAUCGCCAUCCGUGACGAUACCUUUUUCAAGAUUUCAUUGCUGAAAAAAGAGGACGUCAGAAAGUCUUAAGGGAAUUUUUAAACAAUUCGAAAUCCAUCAAAUUAAUGUAGCAAAUGCGGUUGUUUUAUGAGAAAUAUUACUGUGUUCGCGAGAUUGUUGUUACUUUUACUAAUUUAUUAGUGGUCGUCAUUAAUAGAGAUUUAUAUGGAUAAAUGUUGCAUUGUUAAGAUUCUGUUUAUUUUUGUUAGGAAAAUAUUUUGUUUCUCUUAUUGUUAAAUUCCAGUGUUUUUAACGUGGAGCUUCAACUCAUUGACGUACUAUCAGAUCGUACUAUUAGCGAUAAUAUUUGAAAAACUGAGAACUAUUAAAUAGUUAUUUGACGAUAACAAAUAUGGCAAACUCUUCGUAAUGGUUUUAUCGCCAAGUGGAGUGAUAAAUUAAAUGUUUCAGACAUGGAAGAGUAUAAUUUUGAAAUAGAUUCUUUAAUUAAGUUAUGUCGUACUUUCUUCGCCAUAAUUUCAAACGAUUAUAGAUGCUUUGAACAUCAUUUCUCUAUCUAUUUAGAACAUGUAUGUCGUUCACGGAGGCAUGAUGUAUUUGUCUUACAGUUCGAUACUCAGAAUUUCUCUAAUCUCCAAAUGCAACACUCGACUUCUGUACGAACGACGAAAAGGGGAGAAGUUAUAUUCUUAUUUCUUUUCUUUCGUCUCGAAAAGUGACCACGACCGUAGCUGGAUGUCACGUCGAGUUCCUCUUUAAGAAACCUUGAAGCUUUCCUCGAAGCUUGGAACCGACGUCGAGUCCAGUGUGACGGAUCUUCAAAAAGAAAAAACAGAAAAAAACACGCGUUCCAAUCAUCGUACCGAGAAAACUGGCGACGAAAUUUUCAAAAAAAAAAAACAAAAAAAAAGAAUAAAAAAAAUGAAGGAAAAUACGUCGAUAUAUCAGGAUCGUUUAUUAGAACGAUCGAAUCGACAAUGGCGCGCACUUCCGUUGAAGGAACAAAAAUGAAAUUAUUACGUGGAGUAUAAAUAACGAUAUAUUAUAUAUAUACAUAUAAUAUAUAUAUAUUUAUUAUACGAUAAAAGAGGAAAUGAAAAAAAUAAUAAACAGAAUUAGAGGGGAUAAAGUAGCGAUGAAAAGGUGUGCGAGCUGAAAGCCUAGCUUCGAUCAGGAGGCGUCUCCUUGUUCACCCUCUUCUUCAUCUCUUCGCCCGCUAUUCGCGCUGUUCUUCCAUCAUGUUGUUAGGUCUCCUUUUACUCCAGGCUUCCUCCGUGGAACCAGCUCCACUAUCCGUAACUAAAUCGUGCUUCUACAAUUGAAAAGAUUGAACGAUAAUCUAUGAAAAUGUCGACUUCCACUUAACUGAAGUAUCCAUUGUUUCAAUGGAAAAUGAUUUGACUUUCACGCUGAAUAAUUUUAACCCUUGGGGCUGCCGCAAAGUAGAUUUAAAAUCCUAGAUAUCGACCUUAAAUUUGAAGAUAUUUUUUAUUUAUAAUUUUUAAUAUCAUUCGUACGUCGGUAUUAUCGGCUGCCUUUAAUCCUUUAAUUUUUUGAUAUUAAAAUUUUAUUUUGCUGUUCAAACGAACAGAAUCUCGACUUCGUCGUUUAUCGUUCAAACUUAUCAAUUCGCUUCGGCGACAGCUGGCGAACAAAAUCGGACGUUUCUCGAUUAUUCUCUGUGUGUGUAUUCGUUGCAGGGUAAAUUCAGUGUCUUGUAAAAUCGGCGAGCUAUGAGAAUAAGAAGGAGAUAUGAAAGGCAAGGAAUGGAAAAUUGAUAGUAAAACUCGCCGUCUUCUUGGUCUUUAUCUUGGUUGUCGUUCGCGUAUAUGUCCAGAGUGAUGUUAGCUCUCGAGACGUGCAAUAUGUCUUAAUAUACGAUGCACGUACAUAGGACACACGCAUGCAUAUAUAAUACAAACGUGUCGUUUCGUUCGGUGUCCAUUCUUUACACGAUUAUUUGUAACGAUGCGUGCAUUCGAAGUGACGUCGUCGAACGAUCUACGCGCUGUUUCUCUGGUAAUGGUAAUAGCCAUGUCUUAAAUCAACAGAGCGUAAGAAUUAUAUCACAAAUGAUCGAAUUGUCGGAAUAACGGCUUAAUAAAUUUUCUGGAAAUAAUGAAACAUGAAUAAUUGAUGUCGUCACAGUAUCUGUAAGUAUUUACGUCAACCGAUACGUACAAUGUUGAUUCUGCUGUUAUAUCGUCCUUUUAUUAUAUUAUAAUAUUAUUAACUGUAUAUUUAAAUUCUGCGACGUAAAAAUAAUUUAUGAAGCAAAUUUUUUCCUUCAUGAGACAAAUGGCAUUCGACAAGUAAAUUGUAUUAACUGCAAUUUGUCUGAUUAUCCCGCUCGAUGGAAAAUUGCAAAAUUUAUAAAAUCAAGCUUUGUAAUCUACAACCCGUGGCUUAUCAAUUUGCUAAUAUUACUAUCAGUUAUUUAGUUAUUGUGCAAGAGAACCAGAGAUAAAUAUUUCUGUGUCUCGGUCGGGUCGUUCGACGAAAUCCUCAGCGAAAUUUUCCAUAGGAUCGUCGAUGAAAUCGAUGAAAUCCAACGAAAUUUUCGAUGAGAUCGAUGAAUUCUGACAAAAUUUUCGAUGAAAUCGAUGGAAUCUUCCAAUGUGUGCCAAAGAUUCGCGAUCCGUACGAAAUCAUCGAGGAAGCUCGUCGUUGUUCUCGUUUGGAGCCGAACAAGAUUUGCGCGCUCCGCCUCCCGCGGAUACUUCAAUGUUCUUCCUCGCCCUCUUGGCGUGUUUCCCUCGCGAAAUUCCCAAUAUUUUUUAGACGAUUGUUCUUUCAAAUCGCGUGCGUCGUUCGCGCUAGCUGUCUCUUGUUAAUUUGUCAACCGAGAAGAAGAUCGUUGGCCGUGUUGCCGCGAGAAACUUUACCGUUUCUGACAAAAAAGUAAUUUCCUGUUUGCCAUCGCGUUUUCCUUUCUUCGUUUAAAUGUCGAGGACGCGAGAAACGUGUGCAAUACGGCGUCGCAUAGCUUUACAGCGCUUGAAAGACUUUUUUUAGCUUAUUUUCUUUUUUAGAUCGAAAGAUUUUUUUAACUUGUUUUUUCUGUUUUUAGAUCGAAAGAUUUUUUCUAGCUCGUAGCAUUUCGAUCGCUCAAAAUUUGUAUCUAGUGUUUCGUGAUUUGAUCUUGUAAAUAUUUAUUGUUCGUGUCGUUGUAUAUAUAUUUAUCGAUUUACUCAUUUCGUUCUUCUUGUUCAUUAGAAUGAUACGUCAUUUCAUCGACUCGUUGAUCGGAUAAAUGUUCGCGUCUCUAUUUAUUGUAUAAUUUUAUUCCUUCUAUUCUCAUUGUCCUUUCUUUUCUUCCCCCCCCCCCCCCCCCCAUGACUACUGUCUUUAACCCUUCGCGUGAGCAGCACGUGACAGUGAAACGCGUAAAGAGAAUACAAAUUAGCGCGUUAAAACGAAAUUCGUUAGCUCUUUCUUAUAUCGUAAAUUAAGAAACGAAUAACUUAUUGUUAGGCGGUUAACGUAUUAUUUAUAACAUUGACAUGGUUGCGACAGCGAAAAGACGAUAUUCGAUCGUGCAUCGGCGUUCUCGACGAAGCAUUUCUCUCUUCUCUCGCUACGACCACGAGAGACUGCGCAUGUUUUAUGCAUUCGUUACGUAAAACACGUAAAAGCACGUAAAAAUAUAGAAAACACCGAAAAUAAGAUCACGAUAUUCGGAGAGUUUGCAUUAUUCUGAAUUUGAUGAAUUCGAAUAAGCACCCACAGCCUGAUAACAAUAAUCACUCGCACACAUGUACACACUGAGGCCGCGGCCAGGCAAAAAAGAAAGAAAAGAGCAACAGAAGAGAGAACAAAGUAUAAAAGAAAAGAAAGAAAAUACAAUAGCGACUUGCAUCCUCCUCUGUAUCUUCUCGUUGUCCUCUUCGUCUUCGCGAUUCCGCGUGAUUCUCUUCGCGUCCCGUUUCCUCGUCCACAACCCCUUUUUCGCCCUCUAUCGUCGAACGUUACGAUAACGACGUACCGUGAAACGUUCAAAAGAGAAAUCCACGAAGAAACGCGCGAAAAAACAUUGGUGAGAAAAUAGUGGGAAAAACUAGAGGCGGAAAUGUCGACAUAGUUUGACGACCAGAAAGCAGCCUGUGCUGAAUUAAAAGCAAAGAUUCGGGACGAGGAGUCGUCGGAUGAGAAAUAUAAAGCAGGUUUCUGUAGCGAACAACUCGAGUAAUAAACACGCGAAUAUUAUAUAUGAAUAUAUAUAUAUAGUAUAUCGGGACGAACAAAAGCUGAAGUAAACAGAGAAAAAAAGUUGGCGGCAGACGCUGUAUGAUUGUGUAUAUCAACAAUAAAUAAUUGCUGUGAUUAGAAUCGAUUAUAUUAGUAAGUAGUUAAGGACAAUUUUUAAGGCACAGAGGUCGCAAAGAGAAGAACAAAAAAGCAGGAAAAAGAAACUGAAUAAGAAGAGUGGUAGAAUGGGCGAAUGGUUAUUAUACGAUCAUAUCGUUCGUAUUCGACGAUGUCGCGUGAGUGUGCGUGUUCUCGCGAGUGUUGUGUGUAAAUGAGAGUCAAACGGAGUCUACGAUGGAAGAAUGAAAAAUGCGAGGAAACGGUAAUCGAUUGGCUUGAAUAGAAAGAUCGUGCGCUAGAGUGAUGGAAAUGGGGGGAAAAACGGAAAGAAAAAGGAAAAUGACAAAAAUCGCUAGAGAAGCUGAUAUGUUUCCUUUUUCUUUUUUCCUCCUUCUUCGAAGGAUCAAGUACGUGCGCGCGUGCGUGUAAUCCUCCUCGAUCACGAUGAUCCACGCGUUUCAAGGAUCUAUAGAUCGGUGAACGCGGUGUCGUGUUUUGGAGGAAAGGACUAAGUAAGAGGCGAUUGCCGCGCGCGUUUACGUAGAGAACUGCACGAACACAGGCAUACUGUGGUCUUUUCACUCGACUCAUCCUUUUAAAUUCGAUCCGACGAUAUUUUGUAAUACCUUCGUUUAUAAUUUUAUCAUAUGCCUUACACCGAUGAAAUAUCAUUUCGAAGAAACGCGCGACAACACGAAUUUCUAACGUGAAAGAUUUCGCAUUAAUUAGAAAUUUGAUUUCUGUAAAGGUUUCUGUAGUUUUGCAUAAAUAUUACAUAGAUACAUUUAAUGAGCUUUUGGGUAACGCGAUACGCAAGCUAACGCUUUAUUUGACGCUCGCAAGGGAGCGUUGGGAAGUCUAUUAGGAAACGUAGUCGAGGUUAAUUAAAAUUUUCACUUGAUAAUAGAAAUUAGUGCUUCUAAAACGUUAUAAUUGAGAUUAAUUUUAUUAUACUCGGCGAUUGUUUGUGUCCUUUUUUAGUUAGGUGUUUUUACUUAGAAGGCUGUGAGGAAAAAGGAUUAAUUCGAAAUGUAUGAAUUUUUAAUAUACAUUACUUAACUUUUAUAUAUAGUAUAUCGUAAAUAUGCUCAAUUUAAAGUAAUAUCACGCAUUCGCUAUAUUUUAAUAUUCUUUGUACAUGUCAGUUUUAUAGCGUAUGUUGGAUCACCUUUCAGAGUUUCAACUAUUUUCUACAAGAUAUUUUCCGUUUAUCAUAAUCACACUUGCGAAACGAUGAAAUUCCAAACAGUGUCCGAUCGGAAAGAAACGCGGAAACUAAAUUCCACAGUUCAUAAUUCUAUAAAAAAUUAAACAGUACCUUGCAUGGAACGAGUCGAGUGAAAAGAGCAGCCCCGUGGCGAUCAGAACGGGCGAGCGAGAGCUGUUUGUGUUCUAAACUGUCCCAAUGAUUUCGGAUAGUCGAUACUUUGCCCGAAGAACGAUGAUCACAGUUUCGAUACUUCGUCGUUUCUUCUUAAUCUCUCGUCGUAUAUUCUUUGAUGCACGAAGUAUCGUUCACGGUCCAUCGAUCUUCGGCCGAACCAAAAAACCAAAAAAAGAAGAAAAAAAAAACAUAAAAAAAAGAGGAAGAAGAAAUCUCAUUUCACCAAACUCCGUUGAUGGUUUCGCAACUCGAUCACUUACGAACGUCAAAGAGAGAAUCAUUUUUUCCCGUGUCAUAAUUUCUUUACACGAAUUAGGAACCAUCAUCGAGGCUGAUAUACUUGAGAAGCAUAUCCGGUGACACAUAUGACUAGGCUACGAACUAAUUAAUCUCUCUUCUGCUCCGAUAACAAGCAAACUCGUGUAUUUAUUCGACGUGUGAAUCGUCGAACGGAAAGUCUGUAGACUAAUCGUACUAAUUAUUCGGGACGUCUCUAUCUCGUAGCGUAUACCUUUGAGUCAGACUAGUUUCGUAGCGUCUAGUAGCCGUUAAGAAUAUCGUCUAUCGUAACUCGUAAACUUCUUGAUCCACGGUGAAGAGGAGCCGCGUUUCUAGAGGGAUCGAUCGAACGAACAAACGCCAAAAAGGUGUCUUUUUGGUAGACCAUUCUGGAGUCGCCAAUGAUGGCUCGUGUAAAAAUGGCUGUCGUAGAAAGCGAAAAGCGCAGAGAAGGAAGAAAAAUCAUGGCACUCGGAGUAACUUGUACCUCUAUAGAGAAUCUCACAAACUCUUUCGAUAUAUCGAUACCGAUAUAUCGACGAUAUUCGUUUAUAGAUUAUAGCAGAAUUCGCGAGUUUCCAUCAAUCGGUAUCUUUACGAAUCAAUGUUUACGUAUUAACGCGGAAAAUUCAAUUCCGUUUGAAAAAUCUGCAGAGAACGCACGGCUAUCGCCAACUACACUUUACUCGAAUAAACCUUCGAAAAGGAAAGAUUUGUUCGAGUGGUUGGAAAAACGUGAUCUCGAUCGUUUGAAACUCGUGGAUUUUCCAAUGAUCUGCAGCUGCGGAAAAAAAAAGAAUUGGACCAUCUCGGCGUAGCUUCUCGCUGUAUGAACCAACCAAGAACAAUCAGACGAUCGUCGAAUGGUCUUUGUUUCGGUGCAGAACGAAUCGUUGCACCUUCAACCACUUCCCGGCCCCCUUUUUCAUGUCGGAAUAUUCGUACGCACGCGUGUACGCGUGAUUUCCAGCUGAAAUCGUGCGCCAAGUUGCGAGCAGCUUGUUGUGCAGAGGGGAACAGAUAUAUCGCGUGUCGGUCGUUUUGUUUCUCAGAGAGCAGAGAAUUUUUUCGUGUAUAUGGAGAAUAUUAAUCGUAGAUUCGAUCCCUUGAUAUUAGUCCUCCCUAUUCGUCUCGUCAUUUGCCCUCGAAUGAAAUUUAUUCGAAGAAAAGCGAGGACGUUGCGCGCGUCAACUUCGAUAGGAACGCGUUCGUAACGUUGUGGCGUAGAGCAAUCUGUUAGUGCAGGGGCCUUAUCCUUACUGCGCGGGCACUGACCGGAAGUCAUCGCUGGACCACGCGACGCCAUUGCCUUUCGAUCUCGAGCUGUUGAACAUGUUUGCGCCGCUCAUCGAAUUCUUAUUAUUCGUAACAGAGAGAUCAUUUUUCGUACGAAAUUAUGUUGUGCGUAUUUCUACGUUGUGGAAUUUUACAAUGAAAUUGGAGAUUUUGCAGUUUAGAAACCACGCGCUUGACAUUAAUUCUAUCCGUUGCGUGUGUGGAUUAUUUUCGAGAUUUCGUGAAUAUUUGUUAACUUUUGUCUCGUGUUUGAGUCGACGAGCUUAGCUAAGCUCGAGACUUAGAGAGCGGGCGUGUUAACGAGAACUUGGUUUCAAAGCGAAAUUUCUCCCCGAGCUGGCGUAUCUUCUGCGACGUACGUUGUUUGAAAGAAUCGGAGGAUCGGAUUUACGAAUGCCGAUGUUUGCAGAAAGCGUGAAAAUAAUUGGCCAUGAUUUGAGUGAAAAAUUUAUGCGGAGUAUAGAAAUAUUUUCGAUAGAGUUUUCGAAGAGAGAUAAGGUGAUAAGAAGAUAGAAUUAAAAAUUGCGUUGUAUUUGGAUUUUUGUAGUUUUUGUAGUAUAAUUACCGUAAGGUUGCUUUGUAUUAGAAAUUUUAGUAGAUAAAGAGGAAAAUAAUCGAAAAAUGAUAAUAAUUUGGAGAAUACUUUGCGAAAAAUGUAGUUACACUUCGUACGAUAAAAAGUCGGACAAAAACGAAGAACAGGGUUAUUGUGACUAAGAAAAACCACAAUAAAUCGUUCGAAUAGUAGUAGAACAAAUAUGCGAUAUUUUUUACUCGACGAUCGAACUUUCCACUUUGCGCGAUUCUUAAUGAUCGUGUGUUCCAUUGAUUCGUUAUUUUUUUAAAUAUAACAAAGAUUACCGUGAAGGUAUUUCAACAACGCUCAAGUCGAUCGAGAGCCAACGCCUUGAUACAACCAGACAGUAUUAUCGGAUCUUUUCGUGUCCUUUCCUAAAGACAAAUUAGGCGACUAAUGUACAUUAUAGAGUAAGCAUAGAGUCGAUACUUUUUGAGAUACUUUAAUCCCACAUAUCACGAAACGUAAGAGAAGGACUAUCGGGUUUGCUCAAUCUUAACUAGAGGUACAUUCAAUCGUUUCUAGAAGUAAAACAAGCUAUUUCUUUCAGAAUUGAGUAUUAUUUUUCGAACGAUCCUCUGGCCGUUUGAAAAUUCAAUCCAUCGUGGAACGUAACAAUCGUAGCGACGGUGAAAAAACAAAUCAGGUUACUAGAAUCAGAAACUGAUGACUCAACGCUUCAAAUAAUCUACAAUCGGACGUUUCAAUUAAAAAAUUCCAAUUAAGAACGCUGGAACUGCGAUUCGAGGGGUCGACAACAAAGAUGAAAGGGGUUCGUAGAGCGAGAGGAAGUGAUUGGAGGGUUGAAAUUUCCGGUCGAUCGAGCGUGGAUCGGCGCGUUUAAAAGAGGAUGGAGGCGCGUGGUCCACGACGAUCCGUGUCGGUCGCCCAACCUUAACCGUAACGCAAGGCAAUCAGCUAAGAAAUAACUUAGUUUUUAUAGGAUAUUGAAGCGCACGCGCCCUACUUCCGGCGGGGCGCGGAAUUAAGGGCAAGAAGAACAAAAAAGAAAAAAAAAGAGAGUAAAGUAUAAAAAAAGGACCUUUUAGUUCUCUCGUCUGAAGGGCGCGUGGAGAAAUAAAAGAAAAGAAAAGACUCGAGCGCGAUUUUGGACGGCCGCGCGAAGAUUCUCAACGGCAUAUUUUUCUGUAACGAUUAAGCAAAAGAGUAAAAAAAAAAAAAGACAAAAAGAAACACGAGAGAAAGAGAAAGGGAGAAAAAAAGAGAGAGACUGUGUUCGUGUGUGCGGAUGUGUUCUUGUGUGUUUGUAUAUGCGCGCGUGUGUUGCGUGCGUGCGUGUUCGUGUGUGUGUGUUUGCGUGUGUGCGCGUGUAUGAAAGAAACGAAGUAGAGACGAACGGGUAUUCACGAAGGGAAAACGGUACAUAAUGAACGAAACGAGGAAUCGGGAAGAGUACGCGGAAAAUGGAAAAGAGAGAGGGAGAGAGUGGCACACUUGGAAUAAUCGAAUCGCAGAGAUACAUGGAUGCGCGCGAGAUAUAUGUGUAAUUGUUUUCCUUUAGACGUGUGCCAAAAAAUAAAAAGAAUGGAGCGAAAUGAAAUAUGAAAGAGAAGAUGAAAGAAAGAGAAGGAGAAUACAUAUGGAGAUCGUGGGGAUUGUUUGGCGAGCGACUCAAACCGUGUGCCAAGCUUAGAUGAAAAGAAACAAAAUGAAAAAAAAAAAAGAAAUAAUUGCGGACUGAUUAAUUACGUGUGCCAAAUCGUCGUUGCACAGACACAUACGUACGUACGUACAUGUAUACACACGCGUACAUAUAGAGGCAUACACGUACGUACAAUUAUUAUCGUAUCCGCUGCAGCUGUUCUCGAGUAGCGAGCUCUUUGCCUGCCGAUUUUUCGUGUUCCCUUUUGUUCGCGUACUUAGAGAGAACCAGCCGUGUCUCCGUGCUUCUUUGUUCGCGCCAUAGAAUAAUUCCUCGGUCCGUUUAUGGAUGGAUGGAUCCUGUUUAUAGAUAUUAUAUUUGUAGAUUGUUUUUUCUAUACGUUACGUACGCGAGAGGGUAGUCGAUUUUUGUACGAAGAUAUCGGGAUAGGAUUGUACGGUAUAUAGUGGCUUCGCCGGAAUAUAAGACAGGAAAAAUCGGCAUCGAGCGAGGGAAGGAAUAUUCGAUCGGUUGCGACCUGUGAAUUGUCGUCCGUUUUCUAGAAUCUUAUCAAAUCUCUUUUAAUACUCUUUCGAAACAUUAAGAACGUUCGUAGUAAAAUAUACAAGAAAGAGAUUAUAGCGACUAUAAUAUUAUUUGAUUUGAACUUUUGAGGAUCUCUAAAUGACUGAACAAUAUAGUAGGAUUUGUGCCAAACCAUCUUGUUUCUCUACUUUACAUAUAAUCUACUUUAAUCGUUAAGUCUUUAACAAUUGAGUCUUCCUUACGCGAUUUAGAGUAGACGUUUGGGACAGGCUGUUGUUCGACAAAUUAAACUACGUUUCAUAAGAAGAGAUACAAUCGUUACAGUCUGUCGGAAAUUAGCUUGAUUAGAUCGAUAUAAUAAUUAACUUCCCGCUAUGUUAAAGCUUCAUUUAAGAGCAAGCGAAACGUAAUAACGAAGAAUGUUUUAAUUCUCCUAAGUAGAAUAGAUAAAUAAGUAAGCGAUUACAGAAUUAAAAUAAACGUAGACGUAUGAUACAAGAGGGGUUACAAUUUUAUCUUUGAUAUAAUAUAAGCGAGGGAGGUGAAGGGACGUUUCAUCGGUUGCAAUCGAUCAAAUGGAAGUGGAAAAUGAACGUUUUCAACGGCAGUUCAAAUCAUACGUAAAUUAAGAAUGCGGCCCACGAAGCGGGCGCCCAAAAGACAGGGAUUAUGUAAAAAAAGAAAAUACGAUAAUACGAACUUCUAACGUUGGGAGCUUUAAUUGUUUGCAUCGAUAUUCGCGAUCCAUUCGAAAGAUCGUCUCGCGUUGUCUAACGUUGAUAACGGGGUAACACGUUUCCGUUACACGAACCAAGCAAACUUAGUAUACAUCUUCCCGUUCGUGUGAUUUCCACCAUCCCCUGCUGUCCGUUCCUGCUUUUUCAUCCUCGUCUUCUUCGAUGACUGAGUGAGAAUUCGCGUUAACAGAACGAUCGAUAAAUAUCCAGUUGCUCGAUGAUCCACGAUCUAAUAAAAGAAAAAGUCUGAUUAAUAAUCAUAACGAAAUAUGUUUUUAAACGUUCCAUCGUAUCUCAUCGCAUAUCAAUUUUAGAUAUAUAGGAAUUGAAGUCGCGAAUAUUUUAUAAGAUAUAGGGACUCACCUAGGUCUGUAUGUUCUUCGACGCAAGAUCAUCAAGCGUCGAGAAUGGUAAAUAUUAUUCGAAAAUUCCCUCUGAACGGAACAAGUCAAGACUCUCGUAAGAAGAACAAUAAUAAGAAACACCAGCCUUUUCGAAAAUGGCAAAAUUCCUCCGAGCUUCGUAGUUUGACUUGAAUAACGCGGGUCAAAAUUAUUUUUCCAACUAGGAUUAGGAGAUAUUAACAUUUUCAAUAAUAUUCGAAAGAUUAGCAACUCGUUGAGAAUCGUCGUCGUGGAUCAUUUUGGAGCAACGCAAAAUGGAAUUAGAGCUCGUGCCAACACUUUGAGCGAUCGUGUCUGCAGAUGCAUCGAAGGAGAAGCACUCUGCACGAAAAAGCGAACCAGAAGGCACAUCGAUGAGAGAAGAAAGAAAUAUAUGUAUAAAUACACGAAAAAGGCGUUCCCUGUUUCCUUUGCACAUCACACCCGCACCCAGCGAUAUGGAUGAUCCGCGUUGUUAAUGACCAUUCUUCAAGCUGAUUCCUUCUCUUCCUUCACGUUCGACGCCUUUUCCUUUUUAUCUUCCUCGGCCGAUAUCGACUUAUGUUAGAAAGCCUUUACGAAAACAGGGUCAUACAAAUACUUACGUGUAAUACGAGUAUUUUAAAUUUUUUAAUCGCGGUUAAAGUGACAAGAACAAAAAGGAGGUUAAGAAAAAAAAAGUAAAAAAAAAGAGAUGAAAAUGAAAAAAAAAAGGUAACAAAAAGCGAUGAGUUAGAAAGAAGAAACAGAGAAGCAAACGUAGUAGUGUGCAAUGUAUAACAAACUAAAUAAGAGACGUAAACAAAAGAAACAAAAAAUGGUGAAUAAAAAUUUUUACAAAAAAAAAAAAAUGGAGCUGAGAAUGUGUGCGUGUGCGUGUGUGUCCGCGUGCAUGUAUGUUGGGAGAGAUUGAUCGAGCGAAAGAGAUAAAGCGAGAGAUGCAGUGCCACGAAAGGGAAAUGCGUAAAGAGAAAACGUCGCGUUUGCGUCUUUCAAAGCGUUUUCGUUGGAUAAAAGAACGAAGCGUCGCUUUUUAUAACGUGUUGCUGCGAAGAUAUAUAUGUAUGUAUAUGUGCGCAUAGAGCUGCAUACUGUAUCGCAUGUGCAGGUGCAAACUAGCGAGGUCUGCGAGCACAGGGAAUAAGAUGAACGUGAACACCGUACUUGAUCGCGGUAUCUAUUCGUCGAACGAUCGAUCACGGUAGCCCGACCGGAUCCUCGUCGAUUCAUCGGCUCUGUUCAACAUGUUAAGCUUCUGGGUCAAUCUUCCGUGUACGGGCCUUUAAUUUGUCUUCCUUUCAUUGGUAUUACCUUGGUGACGUUGUACGUAAACGUUGAGCUCGGCAAUAUCGUAACGGUGUAGAAUAGAUGGAAGACAAGGUAGUGUAACAACUUGAAAACCAUGAUUUUAGUAAUGUAAAACGUUCGAUUAUUAAUUCUCUGAAUCAAUCGCUUGAUAGAAUGCACAGGAUCGAGAACGUUGAAUUCUUAAUUGGAAAUGAAUUCAGCAAUCGAGGGUUCGAUCGUGCCGCGAUCGAUCGAGGACUACGUAAUUCCAGGGUAACGUUUUAUAAAAUCCUCCGAUGCACGCGAUAUUCGUAGGAAAAGGGGAGACAGGCGUACAGAGAAAUAAAUACGUACAUUAGAGGUGCAUGGAUACGAAUCGUAGAACGGUAUACGGUCGAAUUUACGCGAAGGGGAGAUUUUCUUUAGGAGUGUAAAGAUAACGCGAGCAAGCAUGGGGGAGAACGAAGUAAGACACACGUGCUGUAAGUAGACAGUGCAUACGGUGCCACGCAAGAGUAGUGUGUCUUGAAAAUGAUGGACGGUUGCUAGCAAUCGUCGUCGCGCCAGCGAACACGAAAAUUAGCUGAAGCAAGACGAAAAUACGUAGGACAGAUGCACGAACGAGAUACUCGUGAAAUUAUGUGCAACUUGAAAACACACUUUCACGGCUACUAUUCUUGUCCUGGCAGCGUACAUACGUAUAUAUACAUAUAGGCGUAUAUGUAUAUAUAAAUGAUAUACAAUUACUGUAAGCAUAUAAGAGAUAUAAUUUAUAUAGCUGUAUUCUACGUCAUCAGUACAUAUAGGACAGGCUUGCGAGUGUUCACAUGUGAUCGUCUCAGCCGGCGUGAGAGUGCUUUAAAAUCUAGAGACUGCGUGAGUGAGAGAGAUACAAUAUAUAAAUAUAUAUAAAUAUUAAAAAGAAAAAAAGGUAUAUAUAAUAAAUAGUUAGAUACAGAAAGAGGGAGAGAGAAAGAGAGAGAAAAAUACACUAUACCUUGUAGUCGACGUUACAUAUCUUUGCAACUCAUUCGUUAGAGAGCAGAAUUUGUCUGUUAGGCGGAUUCAGCGACGCCCAGCGAGCUAUAAUAUGUGUCUGUUUAAUCCACGGCAUGACCAAUAUCGCGCAAUUCGAACAAUCCAAUCUUAGAAAAGGCGUCGCUGGUCGACUGUGCGAUCGAUCACGGUGAUCCUCGCGGGUAGCAAGCAGACCCGUGAAUGUGACGCACAGACGACUCAGACCUGGCCCAAAAGUCAGUCUACAUAUCAGACUCUAUAUAGUUAGCAUCAGGUCCCCUUCUCAGAUUACAAUGAUUUUUACUCCGAGUAUAAAUUUCUGGUGUAUUUUUUACGAUUCAUGGCUCUGCCUUCCAUUCGUCAUCAGAGAUUUUUCCUAUCGAGUCUCGGAUUUAUCGCACGAUACGGUGAAACCUUCUGAAACGUGAGAAGAACGAGUCGGUGAAUCAUAGUUUAUCGAACUUUAAAUCCAUCGAUCUCUCCCCCCUGAAAAUGUCAUGAUGUGCUCACCUUUUUCCCAUGGUGAUUUCGAGUCGACCAGCUCUCCUCGAGUGAUCCGGGUCGAACAUAGUCAUCGAUAGCCCUCCCUAAGUCGCCAGAUCUUCGUCUGGGUCUUUCCUCCUUCCCCUGAAGAAAAACAAGCUACAUCCUAGAUCUAGAAGAACUAUUCGUAUCGUCAGUAACUGCUACUCUAUUUACCAAUGCUACCUAACUGUAACCGGCAUUAAUACCGCUACUGUAUCGCCCCGUUAUCCAGCUGUUCCGCGAACGAAAUCGUAAAUUGUUCCAUUUCUCUUGUCGAUCGUUAGUUUUAACGAGCCCGCGUGAAAUUCACGUCCUCGAAACAGGUGUAACGAGAGGCUAGACUCUUUCGAAAGGACAUAAUCGUCGAUUCUUUUUCUCGUGGGAAGGUCAAGACAGAAAUUCGAUUUCGUUGCGCGAUCACCGUCGCGUGUUUCUUCAUCUCAUUCCUUCGGUUUCUUGUCUUGAUUCCUGGCAUCAUCCGCGUUGAGAGAAAAUUGUGGCUUCUAUCCUUUCGGAAAGCGGUAUAAAUUUCUCAUUCGGUACAUCGCUCGAGAAUCGAGACGUAUCGAGAAGUAUCUUUAUGAUUUUCGGUGAUACCGUGAGUAUCGUUCGAAAACGAAAGUUGGUUGUUUCGAAGCGUUUCGAAUAACUAACAAGUUUCCCGAGGUUUUACUAUAUCAUUUUGAUUAGCGAUCGAUAAUAUAGUAGUUAAUAAUUAACUCUUGAGGAAUUGAGAAAUUAUAAUUUUUAUAAGAAGAGAGAGACAAUACAUUAUACAAUAGAAUGAUAAUAAAAAGUGUACAAUUUUAUGUACAAAUGUGAAGUAGCAGAAUAAGUGCUGAAAUUGGCGUUUAGAGUUUCCAUGAUAGUAUUCGUAAAAGAUAUAGCGUUUAAAGUUUUAUAGGGUGGUAUUCAAAAAGUAGUAGCGUAGAAUUAUUAUCGUGGCUUUAAAGCUUCAUUUUUUCUUCUUUUUGCAAAGCAAGCCUAUUUAAAAUGAAAGGCUAAUAAUCAUAAAACCUCGAAAAAUAAAGAUCUCAUAAUAUUAAUCGUAAUACAUCUUCGAAACAAUCAUAUCUCCUAUCGAUUGUAUUACGUGAGUAUUUUGCAUCUAUCCACGUUGUAUCCUUUCGAUAAUUGUAUUUGUAUGGUGUCUACAGUUUUCUCUCAGCCCUGUCUACGUUUCUAUGUCCGUUCAUCGUCGAACCUCUCAAAACUCGAAAGCUAUUCUGUAGAAGUCGUAAAAUUGUAUUGUGAUAACCGUAAGACAUGCAACCGGUGGAAGUAAACUGAGAAUAAACGGAAUUCGGGAAGCAAGCAUUUUGAAAUAUCGAUCGUUAAAUAUAAUUCAUUGAUCAGACUCGUUUGAUUGAUACGGUUAUGUAUAUCCUUCCACCUAGCGAACUGAACUCGAAAGCAAUGCUCUCUCAUAGCAAUCUGUGUUGUUACGUAUUAGUGUCAUGAUUUUACGUAAAUACAACGCGUUUUUACGUAAAUUAUAUGUUGUUGAUUAGUUGCUAUACGUAGAAGAACGAACAUUCAUCGUGCGACUUCCUGCGAGUUAUUCUUAACCCUUUCGCUACAGUUAUCCAGCGUUUCUCUUCGAUUAUACUUAUGUGGUAGAGAUGAAUGUAAUUAAACGUAUACGAUAAAUAGUUUUAUUUAGAGGAUUUUAUUUACAAGAAGAGGUUUCUUACCUUUCGCUCACAAAAUAUACGCAUAUAUUUUAAUAACUUCUCUUUAAUGAUAACAUUGAUUUUUGCACAAAUGAUAUUUCAUCUUUUGCGCAAAAACAUUGAACGACCAUAAUCGCCUGCAAUAUACGAAAGUCGACGAGUGACGAGUGACCAUGGUCGUCCGUAGUGACGAAAGGGUUAAGUGUUUUACAUGUUCGAUUAUAAAGAAGAAAAAGCAGACCGUGCAUCAAACGGAAGAGAAUGUACAAUGUACAGCCACAGAAGCACGUGUUAAUUUUUCACGAUGAUUUUCGUUCUGUUAUUAACCUUUAAUUACUUUUCUUUCAAGAAGCUUCAGUUGCUCAAAAAAUUCCCUCUCCACCACUAUGGAGAAUGUUUCUUGUUGACACAAUAAUCGAAAAAUUUGUCGAUCGAUUCGUAUUUUAGUUUAGAAGCGUGAUAAGAUCAAACUUCCAUACACAGACACACGUAAGAGGAUUUUAUGUUUUACCUCGGCGAACGGUGGUUUAUCUGAUUUCCCUGCGGGAGAUAGAAUCCGUGUGUUUGAAUCACGAGCAUUGUAUACGUGCGCGAACUUUUAGUGCCGUUUUUAUUACACCAGGCAGCCCAAGCAAAAACGGUCGAUAAAACGACGACGGUUUUUCCCGCGUAAAAUCGUCACGUGACUCUAUUGUGUUUCGCGUUACCGUUCUCUACCUUCUUCAACACUGUUCGGUCAUGUAAGCGAUUGUACAUAAUAUAUAAAACGUGCGCACGCGAACUGUAAUUUAUCAUCAGUGUUAAAAAGAAAAAACUCGAGUAUCAACUAGGACUGUCGAGCGAUGAAUUGCUCGUUGCGACAGGAUAUACUUGCGGAAUAUAUAAUACACGUAUUAUAACGUAUACAAUAUAAUAUGUAUAUUAUGUAUGGUAUACAGGGAUAUAUAGCCCGCACAGUUAACCACGACCAAAAAGUGCCGAAACAUUGGCGAGAAAUCGAGGACGAACGGGGAAAAAGAAAUGUAAUGCAAAAGAGAAGCCUAGAUAUAUUAUUACGGAUCGUACACGCACGAUCGAUAACAUCGGAUUCUACGAUCACGCGUACGCGAUGCAUGAGCAUACAUACACACGCGCGCGUAACAUACACAUGUAUAAACGGUACUCAUGUACGCGUACACACGAUGAAUAUGCAUAUACAUAAGAAGAAAAGGGAAAAAAAAGGAGAAGGAUGAAAAAAACACUACAGUUUUCGUAUCACUACAGCAGCAGCUGCACCUCUUUUUUGAUUCUCACACACGCACUCACACGAUUUUGAAUCAAACAUUCUUUUUUAGCGGUCAGAGAGAGGGAUCGCGGAUUUACCAACACUCGAAUAGAGAUUUAAUGUUUGUAAGGGCAAUAACGAUUGUAAAUUUUUCGAGUACACUGUAUUUGAAUGUGUAAGUUGCAUAAAAAAGACAGAUUUUUUAGAUAUUGCACUAUAAUAUUUAUUAUUCUAAGGUAAACGAGACAGGGUCGCGAUUCGCCGCGCUCGCGAUACCUCGAUACCUACCCAGAACCCUCCCCUCACCUUUUAAGCCUUUUAGGCGGCCUCGAUCGCAUCGAGAAUCGAUGACCGGGAUCAACAGCGACGAACUAUCGAUCGCUUCCGCGAUAAUUUAGUUUCCAAGCCCGCGCGCGAAAAUUCUUCCGUGCGAAAUUAAUGUAAUUUCUUCAGUCGCGAUCGACGCCGAAUCGCAAGCGCGGCCACUUCGCGACGAUCAUGAAUUAAUAUUAAUUAAUAAAGAGGCAAAGCGAAUGCAUUGUUCUUUCCAAUAAAAGAAGAAGCAAGAUUUUUAGUGUUUACACUACAAUUGAUAAACGAUUCUAUUAUUACAUAAUAUUAUAUUAAUAACAAUAUUAUUACUGUAAUGUUUGUUUUUGGUUAUUAAAGUGUGUAUAUAGCAAUAUAUUCUAGAAAUGGUC